AUGGCGGUCAAUCGGUUACGGAGCGCCUUUGCGGUGCCCAAGAAAGGAGAGACGUUUGAGUUGAGGGCUGGAUUAGUUUCUCAAUAUGCAUACGAAAGGAAGGAUGCGAUCCAAAGGACUAUCAUGGCGAUGACGUUGGGUAAGGACGUUUCUGCCCUAUUCCCGGACGUCUUGAAGAACAUCGCGACCACCGAUUUGGAUCAGAAGAAGCUUGUGUACCUUUAUUUAAUGAAUUAUGCCAAAUCCAACCCCGAUCUCUGCAUUCUUGCCGUGAACACUUUCGUCCAGGAUUCCAAAGACCCAAACCCGCUAAUUCGAGCACUCGCUAUCCGAACAAUGGGGUGUAUCCGAGUCGAUAAAAUGGUGGACUACAUGGGAGAGCCGUUAAGAAAGACGCUCAAGGACGAGUCGCCGUACGUUCGCAAGACGGCAGCUAUCUGCGUGGCCAAACUUUUCGACUUGAACCGAACCAUGUGUCUUGAGAACGGUUUCCUUGAGACUCUGCAGGAACUGAUUGGAGACCCGAACCCGAUGGUCGUUGCAAACGCAGUGACUGCUCUUGCCGAGAUUUCGGAGAGUGCUCCGGAAACGAAGGCGCUGGACAUCAAUUCCGCGACACUUCGCAAACUGCUCAUGGCCUUGAAUGAAUGUACAGAAUGGGGUCGAGUCACGAUAUUGAACUGUUUGGCUGAAUUCAGAACGACCGAUGUCAAGGACGCGGAACACAUUUGCGAAAGAGUCGUCCCACAGUUUCAGCAUGUCAACGCCAGUGUUGUGCUGGCUGCAGUCAAGGUUGUCUUUUUGCACAUGAGGUACAUCAGCUCGGAACUUGCGACCUCUUACUUGAAGAAAAUGGCACCUCCAUUGGUCACUUUGGUUUCAUCGGCGCCCGAAGUACAAUACGUCGCGCUACGGAACAUUGAUCUUCUCCUUCAAAAGCAACCGGACAUCUUGAACAAAGAGCUGCGUGUGUUCUUCUGCAAAUACAACGACCCUCCUUAUGUUAAGUUCCAGAAACUCGAGAUUAUGGUCCGGAUAGCGAACGAAAAGAAUGUUGACCAACUGUUGGCUGAACUCAAGGAAUAUGCUCUCGAAGUUGAUAUGGAUUUCGUAAGGAGGGCAGUCAGAGCAAUCGGUCAGACAGCCAUCAAGAUUGAAAGUUCUAGCGAGAGAUGUGUCAACACUCUUCUCGACUUGAUCAACACAAAGGUCAAUUAUGUUGUGCAGGAGGCCAUCGUUGUUAUUCGUGACAUUUUCCGAAAAUACCCUGGCUACGAAAAUAUCAUCCCAACAUUGUGCAAGUGUAUUGAUGAGUUGGAUGAGCCUAAUGCUCGUGCUGCUCUUAUAUGGAUUGUCGGUGAGUAUGCGGAGAAGAUUAGCAACGCUGGCGAUAUCCUGGCUGGAUUUGUAGAGGGUUUCAACGAAGAGUUUACUCAAACACAAUUACAAAUCCUUACAGCCGUUGUCAAACUUUUCCUCAAGCGUCCCGAAAAAGCCCAGGGUCUAGUGCAAAAGGUCCUUCAAGCCGCAACCAAAGAAAACGAUAACCCUGAUAUCCGUGAUCGAGCUUAUGUCUACUGGCGGUUGUUGUCAAACACUACCGAUCCCAAUGCAGCCAAGAAUGUUGUCUUGUCGCAAAAGCCGCCUAUCACGACCACGAUCCAGACAUUACCACCAGCACUGCUAGAUCAGUUGCUUGAAGAAAUGUCGACAUUGGCUUCGGUCUACCACAAGCCCCCUGAGCAGUUUGUGGGUCAGGGACGUUUCGGUGCAGAUGCUGUCCAAAGAGCCGCUAUUGAGGAACAACUUCAAAACGCGCGCGAGAACCCAUUGGCCGCAGCCGCCGCCGCCGCAGCAGUAUCAGGCGCAACGCCUCCCGCCCAAUCCCAAGCCAAUGCCGAGAACUUGUUGGAUAUCGACUUUGACGGCUCUGCACCCGCAUCAGCUCAAAAGGAACCUCCAAGCGGCAUGUCCGGCCUAGAAGGCCUAGCCGGAACCCCCAUGCGAACUGAAUCUCCCGCUGUCGGCUCCAGCACCACUCAACAAAGCAACAAUCUCGACGACCUUCUCGGUGUAUUCGGCAACGAUAGCAGCUCCAACUCCAACUUCGCUGCUCUGGGAGGUUUGGGAACUAGCAGUGGUGGAGGUGGAGGAUUCGGCGGCUCAAAUGAUGAUGAUUUGAUGAAUGGAUUCCAGAGUUUGAAUGUUUCGAAUCCGACAUCACCGCCACCGCAGCAGCAGCAGGCUGGAGGUAAAAAGACGAAUGAUGAUUUGCUGGGGUUGUUUUAG